GAGGUGACACCAUCGGGCUGGGGGCCAUGCCGCCGGGCACAAGGUGCUGUGCGGCUGGGGCACGCCAGGGGCUGCGGGGAUUUCGGAAGCAUAUUUUGGAGCAGAGGGGUAGUUUGAGGGUGCGUUGCGCGUGCAGGCAGGGGUAGGGCUUGGGCAUUUGCUCUCCUCCUCCCCAGUGAAGAUCCGCCCCAGGACAAGCACAGCGAUCGCGAGCCCCAAGGGAGACGACGCAGCUUGACAGACUGUAUCUCCCUCUGCCACGGGCCCCAAGGCGCUGCGAUUUCACACUUGGGCAGCCCCUUCGCCGCCGCACCAUGCGGGAGCGGGGCUCUCACUCCCAAUCUGCCAUGUCCUCAUCAGGAAAAGCCACCGGUGCUUCCUCCUGCCUCUCCUCCCAGUGCUUCGACCUCCUGACCAGGUCCUGUGUCAAGUGCUCCGACUUGUUCAGGGACAACACAACAGAGCCCGGCCACGCAGCGCCCACCUCUGCCCUGGCACCCACCAUCCCCUCGGCAGACCUGCCCAGCACCCUCCUGAUCUUUGGGGUCCCAGCAGCGGUGGGGCUCAUCCUGGUCCUGGCCGCCCUCUGGGGCUUCCUGGCCUGCAAGGUGGGGAAGCAGAGGAGGAAGAGGAAGGCAGCGGACGAGGAGGCCGAAGCAAACAUGGAUGCCACCAGCCCCCUGCCCAGCCUGGGCUGCCAGGACCCUGCCAUGCCGGAGGGAGAUGCCACUCUGGCCCCAGCCCGAGCUCUGUGCCCACAUCUCAAUGGAGGCCUGAAGAUGCCGGGGCUGCCCGGGAAAGCAGGGGCGAAACGGAGGCCAUGCUGCCAGGGUGAUGCUGACGGUGACAUCGUCCUGCUCUCUGCUGUGUACCCCCGGCACGAGGAGUGCAACCACGGCUUCCCACUGCCCGCCACCGAGCUGGGGGCUGCAGCCCUGGUCACCACCAAAACCACCCAGAACUCUCCCGGAGAGGAGAGAGCCUGAGAGCAGGAGGAACGGGGCUGGAGCGCUCCAGCUGCUUCCUGCAGACGCCCAGAGCCCAUCCCCAGGGCAGGCAAAGCCUUGCACGGAUAUGAGCUGUCUGAGGACCAGGUUUUGCCUUGAGCAAGAUCAGCCUUCUAAGAUGACUGCCCUUUUCCACUUCCCCGGUUGUGCCGAGUCCUAAGUUAUGCCUGUAAGCACUGGAGGAAGCCAAAGCUGAUCACGCCGAGUUACGCUGAACUGCCCACAGCUGCCACGGCCAUACCAUUGGGAGGAGGCAGAGGAGACGUGGCUGGUGAGGACAGAGCGUGGCAGGGGCUGCUGUGCCAUUUGCAAGGCUGCCUUUGUGCCAGUAUGGGUCUGCUGCUGGAUGGGUGAUUCCUGAGGAACGUGGGGCUGGAAUAGCAGAAAAAGGGGUGGGAAGGAAGAUGGAGAGGGAGGCAGGGAGUUACAUUAGGACCAAAUUCCACACCACUGCCAUUAACUUGAUUUUUGCUACUGACCUCAGUAAAAGGAGGCUUGGGGUCACAUGGAG